AUGCGGGUCUCAUUGGAGUUAGCGGAAUCGAGAUCUGACAAUCUGUUAUUCAAAGCAACUGCAUUCCUUGCGCUUCUGUUCGCCUUGUCGAUUGUCACAUCAUCGGGUUUGACACCGGUAAAUAAUGAUUCCAACGUCCCAGAUCGAAAGUCCAAGAUACCAAAAACGAACAGCAGCGCUCUCACUAUCCACAAUAAAACCGAUCAUUCUUGGCCAAUCGACGACUUGAGUCUCUUAGAUCCGCCAACGCUGAAAAUCAUACCACUCUCGACAUCCUAUUCGGACGAUCUAUCACAUUCGUCGGCUAACCCACCCCUUACGACUCCCGAUCCAACAACAUCACAAGCAGCAGACAAAAAUAAAGCAAUCUACUAUCAAAACUGUCGAGAUGCAGAGCUAAGCGCAAGGAAGAAAGUUGAAAAAGUUGGCCGUCGUCUGGGAUUAUUUGUGGUAGGAAUUGGCGGUUGGUGGUGGCUUUCGGCAUUUGGAGAGUUUCAGUACUUGUAUGCAAGGGAAUGGGGGCCAUUUAAUCCUAUGGUUGAGAUUUGUGAGGACAUGGAGUUGGAGGGCUGGUCAGUUAUGUUGUGA